AUGGCUGCUCUGUGGCUGCUCUCCUGCCUGGCGCUCCUCGGCGCCGCUCAUGGCUGUGGUGUGCAGAAAAUCCAGCCCAUCAUCAGCGGCUAUGCCCGCAUUGUGAAUGGUGAGGAGGCGGUUCCGGGAUCCUGGCCCUGGCAGGUCUCCCUGCAGCAGUCGGCGACAAACAGCUGGCACUUCUGUGGCGGCUCCCUGGUCAGCGAGCGCUGGGUGGUGACAGCUGCGCACUGUGGAGUGACAAAAUCCAACGUGGUGGUGCUCGGGGAACACGACCGCAGCUCCUCCCAAGAGACAGUGCAGAAACUGGCCAUCCAGCAGGUUUUCACACACCCGCAGUAUAACUCCAACACCAUCAAUAAUGACAUCGCGCUCAUCAAGCUGGCCAAGGCCGCGGAGCUGGGCAGCACUGUGUCCCCGGUGUGCCUGGCAGCUGCCGGGGAGCAGUACCAGAGCAGCCAGCGCUGCGUCACCACCGGCUGGGGCAAGACCCGCUACAACGCUUUAAGCACCCCAAGCAAACUGCAGCAGACGGUGCUGCCCCUGCUGACUAAUGAGGAGUGUAAAAACUACUGGGGUAACAACAUCCUGGACUCAAUGAUCUGCGCUGGAGCAGCCGGCUCCUCCUCCUGCAUGGGUGACUCCGGUGGCCCCCUUGUCUGCAAGAACGGAGUCUGGUAUCUGGUGGGCAUUGUGUCCUGGGGUAGCAGCCGCUGUGCCACCACCUCGCCAGGCGUCUAUGCCCGUGUGAGCCUGCUACGCCCAUGGAUCGACAGCAUCAUGGCCAACAACUGAGCCUGUCGAGGGGCUCCUAGUGGCUAGGCCCCAGCUCGGCGGCUGCGGCUCUGCAUCCUUCUCUCGCCGCGGGUGACCUAGUUCCACCUGGCUCAGACGCAGCUCCACGGCCUUCCAAUAAAACUCUUCUGCAGCA